AACAAAAAAGGCUGACGACGGUCCCAAGCCUGCCAGAAAACUCGACCAUCCUCGAACCCGGACAGGGACGAGGUGGAAGUUUGACCAUACCAAUGCCGCCCUACAGAGAAUUCCAUCUCUCUGGUGAGGCCCUUGGUGACGUGGCUGAUACCAUAAGAAGGCUGAAAGAGCGCCAGGCCCGAGGAGUUCCUGUUGCCAUUUUGCUCGCCGAGUUGCAUGACAUGCUGGACGACCUGGCCAUCACGCUUCUGCAACCUUCAACAAGUUCCCAAUCAAGUACCGGGGACGUGACUGGAUCGUCGAAGGCCAGCCUGAAGACUUUUGUCGUCACACGACUCCUCAUGGCUGAUUGCCUCAUCUUCCAUUUUCCGAGAAGGGCCUCCAUGCAAGACUUGCCUGAAGAAGUACUUCUUGCUGCAAGAACCAGCUUGGAUGAUAUGAACAUCCGAAAGGUUGUGGUUCUUGCCCACCACCUAAACUUGCAAUUCAACAUCUCUGAGGCUGGAUCGUCGAAGGCCAGCCUGAAGACUUUUGUCGUCACACGACUCCUCAUGGCUGAUUGCCUCAUCUUCCAUUUUCCGAGAAGGGCCUCCAUGCAAGACUUGCCUGAAGAAGUACUUCUUGCUGCAAGAACCAGCUUGGAUGAUAUGAACAUCCGAAAGGUUGUGGUUCUUGCCCACCACCUAAACUUGCAAUUCAACAUCUCUGAGGAUCCAGCCAUUUUGAGGGCCAGAGCAGCGGCUGAAACUCGCCUUCACUUCAGCAACGUACCUGCUCUUGCAACAGCCAGUUGCCCAAUAGUAGGCCCCGUACUACUACUGCGUUUUUACUCAAAUCCACUUAGAAACAAUUGCCUUAUAAUCUUCAUUAAUUGAAUUUCUGCCACACGUUUCUAUCAUUUGGUGAAAUAUAUGUGGGAAAAAAUGUGAAAAUUAAAUUUUUGUUGAAAAACAAUGUCAUUUCUGGAUUGCUGUUUGAUGUCACUUUCUGAAUAUCAACUUCACCUCUUACUUUGGGGCCUAACAUAUAUUUAUAUUAAACCGGUUUUACUAGAUAAAUUAAGGAAAUUCUGCGCAUCGCAAAACCAGUUAUGAUUACCAAGUUUUGUGAAUUAUCAGGAAAAACCUCAUUUUGGGGUGGCCAGAAAUGAAUGGUGGCCAAGAAUUGAGAGUCAACCAGAGCAUUGUGACGGCCCUGGCCCUUUUCAGCACCAGGACAGCAUCACUGCUUCUCUCCGAAGAGAGGAUUUGUCUUUUGUAAGAGCGGCACAAAUAAAUAUACCUACAACU